ACUUGGAUUACAUUAAAAUAGUGCUAAUUGUAUGAGAAACACCAUGUCUGCAAAUUCAAAUAGUACUUUACAACGGCGUAAAGCGUCUAAAAGCAAAUCAAAACAUUUUAAUGACAAAGAUCAGUUAAUAACCGCUGUCGCAGAGCCCCCCACGACGUCACAAACUGAUAAAAACGAAAGACUUCAAUCGAACAGAGAAAGCAACAAACUUGAAAACAAGAAAAACUAUACCACUGCUAACUGUUCAGCGACUGCAACGGCUGCAGUAGCAGCGGCUACAACAACAACAUUUACCACCACAAUACACAACUUAUGCAAUGGAAAUAUUACACCAAUAGUAAAUUGUUGUCGUGAUAUAAAUUGUUGCUUAAAUGCAACAACCACAGCCACAUUAGCCACUUGCCAGCCACUCUUAAGAGACUCCACAACAACAAUAUCAAAAGAGUCUAGCCUACGACGUUCAAUAUCCAGCUCUAGAUCAUAUUUGAGCAGUGAAAAAGUGUCCAGACCAGUGACACCAGAAAAACACACACAACUGGAUAGCAUCACUUUGGAGCCGGAUAAGUUUGUUUUACAAAUUAACUUGGAUAUAUUUGCUUGGACUCUAUUUGUGUUGGGCUUUCUAACGCGCUUCUAUAAACUAUCCUAUCCCCGCAAUGUGGUCUUUGACGAACUGCACUAUGGCAAAUUUAUCAGCCACUACAUAAGAAAUAUAUUCUUUUUCGAUCAACAUCCGCCGCUGGGCAAACAGAUUAUUGGCUCGGUAGCUCAAUUCAUUGGCUUUAAUGGCAAUUUUUCGGUAUCACGUAUUGGUUCGGAAUAUAAUGAAGAUAUACCCAUAUUUUGGUUACGUUUUGUACCGGCCUUGUGUGGCAGUCUCUUGCCCAGUACUGUCUAUCAUUUGCUGCUAGAGGCUGGCAUUUCGAAAUGGUGCUCUUUGUUGGGCGGUCUUUUGAUUGUUUUUGACAAUGCUCUGCUCACCCAAUCGCGGUUUGUUCUUAUGGAAUCUAUGCUAUUGCUGUUCUGUUCGGUUGGUUUAUAUUUUUUGCUCAAAUUCCAAAAAUCACAAUUUCCUCAAAUAAGUUGGUUGUUAUAUGGUGUGGCAGCGUCCUGCCUGCUGACCUGUGCUAUGUGUGUGAAAUAUGUGGGAUUUUUGACGUUUUGUUUAGCUGCAUAUUUGAUCUUACGCUACUUUUGGAAUUUGAUAUAUGAUGCUACAAAAACGACAUUCCACUUACUACUACAAUCUGCCGUACAAAUUUUUAUAUUUACCAUCAUACCGAUUUGUAUUUAUUUGGGUAUAUUUUACAUACAUCUGAACACUCUCUAUCGUGCUGGACCACAUGACAGUGUCAUGACCAGUGCUUUUCAGGCUUCCUUAGAAGGCGGUUUAGCCUCGAUAACUAAAGGUCAGCCCAUAAAAGUGGCACAUGGUUCACAAAUUACACUCCGGCAUACACAUGGUCGUACAUGUUGGUUACAUUCACAUGCUCACGUUUACCCAGUACGUUAUCCCGACAAACGUGGUUCAUCGCACCAACAACAGGUGACAUGUUACUCCUUUAAAGAUGUCAACAAUUGGUGGAUUGUUAAAAGGCCGGAACGUGAUGAUUUGGUAGUGGGUGAUGAACCCGAUGCAAUACGUCAUGGUGAUAUAAUACAGCUGGUGCAUGGUAUAACGAGUAGAGCUUUAAAUUCUCAUGAUGUGGCAGCACCUAUAACACCACAGUGUCAAGAAGUUUCUUGUUACAUUGACUAUGAAAUCAAUAUGGAAGGAGAGAUUUUGUGGAAAGUUGAUAUUCUCAAUAAGGAUACGGAGGGACCAGUUUGGCAUGCUAUUAAAUCUGAGGUACGUUUAAUACAUGUUUCAACCGGAGCUGCUAUGAGAUAUACCGGACGCCUGUUACCUGAUUGGGGUUUUAAUCAGCAUGAAGUUGCUGCCGAUCGUGUUAUAGAUCAUAAAGAUUCCAUAUGGAAUGUUGAAGAGCAUCGUUAUACGAAAGCUACAGACGAACGCGAACGAGAAAAACAACUACUUGCCGCUGAGAUGUUACCCACGAAACCCACAGCUCUCACAUUUUUCGACAAAUUUUUCGAGUUACAAUCGAAAAUGCUUUGGCAUGGCCCACAAAUUCAAGCCCAUAUGUAUAGUUCAGAGCCCAUGGAAUGGCCGUUACUAUCUAAGGGUAUAGCCUAUUGGCUGGAUAACAAAUCCAAUGGACAAAUACAUUUACUAGGCAACAUACUAAUUUGGUAUACCAGCACUAUAAGUGUUUUUGUCUAUAUGAUUUUGGGUUUAUUUUAUAUUUUACGUCGACGUCGUUUAUGCUACGAUAUCGAUCAGUCGGAAUGGCAGAAAUUUCUAUCUGUGGGUCAUAUAUUUUUUGCCGGCUAUUUAAUACAUUUUCUACCCUAUUUCUUUAUGGAACGUACUCUGUUUUUACAUCAUUAUUUUCCAGCAUUUUUAUUUAAACUUCAACUACUGUGCUAUGUAAUCGAACACAUAGAUUAUUUGUUGCGACGCUAUUGUGGUUUCGCUUUAUGGAUGGUACGAUCUUAUCGUUUGGGUGUUAUUAGCUGGUUUGUGGCCGUUGUCUCGGUUUACAUACGUUUCUUGCCACUGAGUUAUGGUUUGCAGAAGUUAACGGCUGAAGAGGUUACUAAAUUGCGCUGGAAAGAUACAUGGGAUUUUGUCAUACAAAGGGAUAUAGUAGUACAUUAAUCGUAUGAUUUAAGUUGUUUAAAUUAUGUAUGUAUAGGCCGGAAAAUAAAAAUAAAUUGUAUUUAAUAUUUGUUAAUUAAAUUAAAAUUAAGUUUAAGUAAAAAUUUAUACACAAAUAUAAUUAUUUAAAUACAUAUUAAAAUUUACUUACAUAUAAA